AUGGUUAUCAAAUUGGACAUUGCAAAUUUCACGGUUCACAAAGUACUGGUAGAUAGUGGAAGUUCUGCAGACAUCAUCUUCAAGAACGUGAUCGACAAGAUGGGCUUGGAGAAUAUUCGAUUAGAGCCAGUGAAAACCCCACUAGUCGGUUUUGGGGGAAGCGAAGUGGCGUCGAUAGGGAUGGUCAAAUUACCAGUAUCCAUGGGGGACGAACCGAAGCGAAAAACUACGAUGGUGAAAUUCCUGGUAGUGGACACGCCGUUCGCGUACAAUGUGAUUUUAGGCAGACCGGGCUUGAAUUUGUUCAGAGCAAUCAUCUCCACGUAUCACAUGAAACUGAAAUUCCCAAUGGAUAAUGGGGUCGCCGAGGUCGCAUGCGAUCAGAAGGAGGCUCGGAAGUGCUAUAACUUAUCGCUGAGAGGGGAGCCCGGACAGAAGAAAAGAAAAGUCAAGGAGGACGCUGAACCUUAA